AUAAGAAAUACGAAGCCAAAGUCGAAGCGGAAGCUGAUUCUGAAGCCAAUGUCAAAGCUGUCGAGAGCCCUGCUGAUGAUAGAGUAGAUGAUCGAAGUAUGAAUGGAGUUCAAAGCAUUAGAUAUAAUAAUGGUGAUCAUCCUACAAACCCUAGACGUUUCUACAGGCAUCAAAGCGUUGAUAAUUGCUUUCCUUCCUUAGCUUCUCCUCUCUCAAGAUGUGGAACCAGGAGAAGUAACACACCAUCACGAUCUUCUCCCUUUAGAAGCAUGAGCCGAGAAGGCAGCAGUAGUACCCAUGGAUUACCCUCCCCUGGAGGAACGAGACAGCAAAGCACAAAUUCAAUGCCAUCUCCUCCCUCCCUCUCAAAAAGUAGGAGUGGGAGGAGCUCCAGCUCGGCCCCCAUCAUGUUUUCCAACUCGUCUGGGAUGUUGAAACCCCCACCAAUCGAGAAGAAGCUCGAGUGCACGCUUGAGGAGUUGUACUACGGGUGCAAGAGGAAGAUCAAGAUCACAAGAGAAGUGGCUACCAACACCGGGAAAAUAACUCAAGAGGAGGAGUUGUUGACGAUAAAAGUGAAGCCAGGAUGGAAGAAGGGAACAAAGAUCACAUUCGAAGGGAUGGGAAAUAAGAGAGCCGGGGCAUCUCCAGCCGACAUAAUUUUUGUGAUUGUAGAGAAACGACACCCCUUGUUUAGAAGAGAAGGCGAUGAUUUGGAGUUGGCAGUAGAGAUACCUUUACUGAAGGCACUCACUGGCUGCACACUCUCAAUCCCUCUGUUAGGAGGGGAGAAGAUGAGCUUGACAAUUGACGAUAUCAUAUGCCCUGGAUAUGAAAAGAUCAUUGAUGCCAAGGGCAUGCCAUGCUCCAAAGAACAAGGAAAGAGAGGGAGUUUGAUAAUCAAAUUCCUAGUUCAAUUUCCAACGGAACUCACAGAUGAACAACGAUCUGAUAUUCUUGGUAUUCUAGAGAAUUCUUGCUGA